CAUGUGCUGACGACGCCCAUGAAAACCAUCCGUAGAGAUCAGGAGAAAUCCUACGGACCACUUCAGCACAAAGUAUGACCCAUUGUCCACAUUAAACCCAUCUCAUUCCCUUAGUGUGCACUUAUUAGUCUUGUUGAAACUUAAUGUCCGUUCCCUUAACGUGCACUCAUUAUUUAGUUGAAAACUAGUGUCGGCUGUUUACAUUUAACACACUCUCUCUCUCUCUCUCUCUCUCUCUCUCUCUCUUUGUACACAUAUUAACCUCUUUCAUUGCUCUCUAGCCUACUAAUUCUCUCUUAAUUUCUCUCUCUAAAAAAUGGCAUAUGGAAGAAGAGACCCCUCAAUCUUUGAUGCUUUCACCCUGUCUCCUCUCCCAUACCCAGUCAUCCUCAUCCUCCUCAUGGUCCUCCUCCUCCUCGGCAUCUCGUGGUCCUUCAGCUACGAAGACCUCAUCGAGAGCACCGAAGAGCAACUCAACUGGCUCCUCCUCGCCACUCCGAUCGCCCUCCUCCUCUUGAUCCGCUGGAUUUCCUCGGUCGAGAGCUUCGACGGCGGGAUCUUCGGGUUUUAUCCCGGUGACCGGAGGAGGAGGGGUUAUGCCUACGUAGGGGAGGCGUCGGAGGGGAGCUCGCCGUGGGGGGUGGCUGCGGUGGUGGUUUUGUUGUUGGUGUUGGUUUCUUUCCAGUCUAGCUUUCAAGAUAUGUGGAGGCCUUGAUUGGUGAUGUGUGUCUUCCUCUUGGCGAGAGGUUUUUGUGUGCAUAGUGUUUACACAGUGAGAGCUGCUAAUAUUUACAGAGGAAAAAUAGUGGUAAUCUGUUUGCUAAAUUUUGCUGUGUUAAGCGACAGACGAUCAAGUCAUGAUUAUCUUUUUAAGGUAUUGUGUAAAGUUGUAUAUGAUACUAUUGUUGGAUGUGAAUUAUAGAGAGUCUUUGUAUGAAAGAUGUGUGGAGAGAAAGAGAGAGAGAGAGAGAGUUUUGAGAUUAUUUAGAGAGGAAAGCAUGUGGUGAUCAUGUUUAAUGAUGGUUUGAUGCAAGAGAAUAAUUCUGAUGGAUUUUGAA